CAAUAGGUUAAAGGUCUCAUUGAAAUUCUUGUUUUGGAAGAAAUUUCGAAAGAUUAAUGAUACAGUUCUGUUUCUGAUGUAAAUUUGAAAAUAAAGAGGAAAUCAAGAUAUGGCUGAUUCUGAUGUCACUACUUUGGCUGCACUCAAUUUCUACUGCCAGGAGAAGUUAUAUCGGCAUGUGCAGCGAGUGGCAUUGGAGGCAAUCAAGAAAUAUGGCAGUGACCCCGUUCUCCUGUUUUUCAAAGGAUAUGGUCUCAUACUUGAAGAUCGACUUAGUGAAGGUAUGAGAGAGUUGGAGUCUAUUCGUGACAAGCCAGAGGUCAUCUUGUGUACUACUAUGGCUCUUAUGUAUGCUCAUAAGAAGUCAAAAAAUGUUGAUAGAGAAGCGGUUCAAGAACUAGAUGCCAAAAUGAAAGAAGACCGAAAGAGAGCAUCUGACAAGGCUGUAUAUUUUGCUGCUCUGUUUCUAUGGCAUACCGGUCGUCAUGACAAAGCUAGAGAGUAUGUAGAUAGAUCAAUCAAGAUGGCUGGUGGAUCAUCACUUGAGGGUUCAACCCUCAGAGGUUGGAUUGAUCUCACCUCAGGCAGGGAUAACUAUCUCAAGAAAGCUGGAAAAUUCUUUGAGGAAGUGCUCAGCGCCACACCCAAAGCUAUUGAUGCUCUCAUUGGCAAGUCACGUUAUAUGAGUAUGAGACACAACUACAGCGGAGCAUUGGAUCUGAUCAAUCAGGCCGUGGUCUCCUAUCCAGGCUUCAUGCCGGCUCUUAUUGAGAAAAUGAGAUUACAGCUUGCUCUACAGGAUUGGGAACAGACGGUAGAGUCUGCACAAAGAGCCUUAGUCCAAGAACCAAACUGUAUAGAAGCCCUUCGACUGAUUAUCCUUCAGAUAUUAUGCAGAGAAGGGAAUUAUGAAGAGGCUGCAACUAAGAUUGGAGAGCUGAUUCAACUCAUUGACCGAUUUGAACCUAAGAAUGCACACAUCUACUGCCACAUGGCCAAGACAUUCAGUCGAGUGUGUUCUCGCAACCAGCAGACCCUCCUCCAGACCCUGACCAUGGUAGAGAGGGCCAUUAGUCUGGAUGGUAACAACUCAGACUUCUAUAAUGAGAGUGGUUACCAGCAAAGGAUGCAAGGAAAGAACAGAGAUGCUGUCAAGGCAUACCGUAUGGCCAUGAAGCUGGAUGAAACAAGUGUGGUCGCACUGACAGGUAUUAUCCGGUUUCAGUUGGAAGAUGGUCAGUUAGAUGAUGCAGAACAGCAGCUUGACUUCCUUGGAGAGAUUCAAGAGACUAUUGGAAAAUCAUCUGACAUCCUUUUCCUGCGAGCUAUGCUAUCUAGGAAGCGUAACAAGCCUUCAGAAGAAACAGUCAACCUGCUUAAUGAAGCUAGCUCUGUCCACUUUCAAUCUCUCAAGGGUUUACCCCUAGGUGCUGACUACUUUACCCAGAUGAAUCCAGAUUUCUUGGUAGACAUGGUCAAAGAAUACUUGCUCUUUGCUCCUACUGAGCCACAAGGCCCAGGUCAACCUGCAGACCCAGCCCUUGCAAGAUGCAAUGCAGUCCUGGAUCCCAUCUGUAAGGCAGUACCUGGACUCCUGGAAGGGUUCUACCUCCAAGCUAGAGUCAAGUUCUUAUUAGGCCAAGUGGAGCAGGCCCAGACUAGUCUACAGCACUGCUUGGACCAUAAUCCAGAAUAUGCUGAUGCCCAUCUGCUUAUGGCACAGAUAUACCUACAUCUUGGCAACUACCAGAAGUCAUCUCAGUCCUUGGAAAUGGGUCUAAGCUACAACUUUGAGGUACGUGAGAUGCCUCUAUAUCAUCUUAUCAAGGCUCGUACACAGAAGAAGAUGGGAGAGAUGGAGGAAUGUUGUAAGACCCUGCAGGCUGCCAUGGCUUUACCUGGGGUUAAAAAGAGAGCUGCAUCUGCAUCAAGGAGAGUAAAAGGGGGUCCUAUCUCAAUGACAGACAGGGUCUCUGUAUUCUUAGAGCUAGCAGAUGCUUACAGGCAGACUGGUGCAGAGCAUGAAGCAGCCAAAGUGAUGCAAGAUGCCAUCAAUGAGUUCAGCAGGACAUCAGAAGAGAUAAGGGUGACCAUUGCCAAUGCUGAUCUAUCCAUUGCAAGAGGAGAUGUAGAACAGGCAUUAUCCAUGCUGAGAAACAUCUCACCUGAACAAAGUUACUUUGUGAAAGCCAGAGAAAAGAUGGCUGAGAUUUAUCUCCACCAUCGAAAGGACAAGAGACUCUAUGCAAGCUGCUACAGAGAGUUAGCAGAGAAGCAUCCCAGUUCUCAGACAGCCCUGUUGUUGGGCGAUGCAUACAUGAGCAUCCAGGAACCAGAGAAAGCCAUUGAGAUCUAUGAAAAGGCACUCAAGAAGAACCCCAGAGACAGUGCUUUAGCUAGUAAAAUUGGCCAGGCUAUGGUCAAGACUCACCAGUAUGGAAGGGCUAUCAAUUAUUACGAGGCAGCUCUGAAGACAGGAGGUCAAUCAUUCUUGAGGCAGGACCUUGGUGAGCUGUUGCUAAAGCUGAGGCAUUAUGAGAAGGCUGAAAAGACACUCAAGAUGGCUCUAGAACAUGAACAAUCAAAUGAGUUGACAGUGUUGAUGGACGAUGCAAAGUUGCUGGUUUUACUUGCUAAGGUUCACAGGAAAGGAAACAAGCUAGAAGAUGCCAUGCUAGCUCUCACCAAGGCUAGGGACAUGCAAGCAAGGGUUCUUAAAAGAGCACAAGUUGAACAGCCUGAUGCUGUGGUAGCUCAGAAAGCAUUAGCCACAAGCAUUUGUUCACAAAUGGCAGAGCAGUGUAGCACUCAGCGAGCUUUUGACAAGGCCAUCAAGUUUUACAAGGAAGCCCUGGUAUAUUCCAGUCAAGACACCAAUGUUAUGCUGGAACUAUCCAGACUUUACCUGGCAAAAUCCGAACUAGACUCGUGUCAGCACCAGCUUGUUCAGCUGCUUCAGAUAGACAGUGAUAAUGAUUCUGCUCUUGUGAUGAUGGCUGAUUUGAUGUUCAGGAAAGGAGAAUAUGACCAAGCAAUGUUCCAUUUCCAGCAAUUGUUAGAGAGAUCCCCAGAGCACUAUGAUGCCUUGGCUAGACUAGUUGAUUUGAUGAGAAGGGCUGGUAAGCUAGAGGAAGUAUCUCAUUUCUUGGAACAAGCAGAGAAAGCCUCUCCUAGAGCUCCAUUGGACCCUGGCUUCAACUACUGCAAGGGGCUCUAUGAGUGGUACAUUGGCAAUCCUAACAUAGCUCUGAAGCAUUUCAACAUGGCAAGGAAAGACAGUGACUGGGGACAGAGAGCUAUCUCUAACAUGAUUGAGAUCUGUAUCAACCCUGAUAAUGAAACCAUUGGAGGAGAAACCUUUGAGAAUGUAGACCUUGAUGCUGCAUCUGCUGCUGAGAAAGCAGACUCUGAACAAGUCGCAGUCAGGACGGCAGAGAAGUUAAUCAAGGAAUUAAAACCAAAGGAAGGAAGUGAUGCCCACCUCAUCCUAGAGAUUUAUGUGCUGAUGGCAACCAAGACCAAAGCUAAUAUUGAGAAGGCACUCUCAGCAUUCAUGGAGCUUGUCUCAAAUUCAGAGAGGGAGAAUGUACCUGCUCUUCUUGGUGUAGCUACUGCAUACAUGAUGCUGAAGCAAACACCCAGAGCUAGAAACCAACUCAAGCGUAUUGCCAAGAUGGAGUGGAAUCCUGUGGAUGCAGAGGAGUUUGAGAAGAGUUGGCUCCUACUUGGUGAUGUCUACAUCAACUCUGGAAAGUUUGACAUGGCUAAUGAACUUCUCAAGAAAUGCCUGAAACACAACAUGUCUUGCUGCAAGGCUUAUGAGUACCUUGGAUUCAUCAUGGAGAAGGAACAGUCUUACCAAGAUGCAGCAAACAGCUAUGAAAAAGCCUGGAAAUUUGGAAACCAGAAUAAUCCCAAUAUAGGUUACAAGUUAGCAUUUAACUACAUGAAAGCCAAGCGCUAUGUGGAUGCCAUUGACAUCUGUCACAAGGUGUUGGCUGUGCAUGCAGACUAUCCUAGGAUGCGUAAGGACAUCCUAGACAAGGCUAGGGCUUCUAUAAGAGCAUGAGAUUUUCAUCAGGACCUGGCCCUCAUAACACAAAGCUUAGCGAUUUGUCCAUCUGGCUGAGUUUUGUGAUUAAUUGCAUUUAUCAUUAUGUGCAAUCACUGGCACAAAAGGGGUUAAUUCUUGGACUUUGACCAAAAUUUACCCACUUUUGAGUCAAUCCUAGAUGUCAUUUCAAGCUUUAUCUGCCAAGACACAUAACAAUGAUAGGUUGAGGCAAACAAGUUUCCAGGAAAACCUGAAAUCAGCCCUCAAAAAAGUUACUAUGGCUUUUGAUGAAAAGAAAAUAAUCAUAGAUGAAUUUCAAUCCCUUUACACAUUAUGUUCUCAUUCACUUUCUUUGACCAAUUCACUCUAGACUGAUCCACUGAACCAGUGUUUGGCAAUUGGGUCACUUGCUUGGCUUGAAAUUGAGGAAGUGUGAAUACUUCCAACCCACACACCAUCGCUGCAGUGCAUUCAUUCAAUACAAUACAUUCAGCUAAAUCUACCUUUAUUCAGUCUAAUGCCAUCUUCCGUCCAUCAACAUUUCGCCUAACAACCAUUUGGUACCAUAACCAUUUGCUCCAAUCAUUACAUUGUGUAAUCACCAGUUCGUCUAUUGCCAUUUCUUCUCAUAACCAGUUGGUCUAAUAUCCAUUUUAUUUUCAUUCAUUUCGCCCAAUUAAUACUUAGUCCAAUUAAACCGAAUGGUACAUGGACUAAAUGGCUUUUAGACAAAACGGUGAGUGGACGAAAUGGCAAUUAGACCCUGUGGAUAGUGGACGAAUUGAUGGUAGAUGAGUUGGUAAUUGGUAUAAUUGGCAUUAGACCAAUUGAAAAUAAACAUUCAUUUUACGGUUAUACACUCAUGAUUCCCUGAAUCUAAUAAUCAUUAUACAAAUAUUUUUGUGUGUGUUUGUAAUGAGAAACCUUAUAUGCAUUUUCAACUUAUAUUUUACUUAAUAUUUAUUUGUUCAUUUCAUUGGGUGUGUUAAUAUUGUAUGUACACAUUAACUGCUCUUUCCGUUGAUUAGAAUUUCCUAAAAUAUACAUUUACAGCAAUUUAAAAUGCAGCUUUUAGCAGUUAAAAAAUACAGUAAUUAAAGUUUGGGGGAAAAAUAGGCCCAUAUAUAUUUGCUAGAUUUAAAAAUUAUGUGUGACAGAAUACUAAUGAAGACAAAUUGAAUUGAGAGGUAACUAUUAUCGAAGAUGAAUAUUAGCAACAACUUUUUUAUUAUGACAUCAUGCAUGAUGGAGAAGAUAUACUUACAUCUUUGUUUGUGUUGUAUGAAUUUUAUUUCUGGUGUGUAAUUGUGAUUUAAAGAUAAUGCCUAUACCUAAUUAUGUACAUGUCAACCAAAGGGCUCACGUUUUGAUUCAUUAUUUGUAUUCUAUUCAAAUGACUAUGUAAAUUGUAAUAUUCACCUCUUUCACCUUGAGUAAUAUUGAUUACAGUUCUAAUGAGUUGAUCCCUUUUUUCAGCUUGAAGUUUAUACCUGAUUUUAAAUGUGGAUUGUAUAGAAAAAGAUUUGUAUAUAUAGAUAUUUAAAUGAAAUAAAACUUCGUA